AUGCUUCACAACAGCGCUGAAACCUUGGCCAGCCUCUGCGAGACCACCUCUUCCAGCACAUCCGAAGGUACCGGCUCGUGCCAGCCGUCCAGCCAGUCGGGUCGGACUGUCAGCUCAGGUCCGAGCAGUCCCCUUCUGAGGCCAAUUCGAGAUCGUCUGGCGGCACCAGACAAGCCCGAGGAUGUGGCGCAGGCAAUGGCCAGUUGGGGAUCCACUGUCCACGACUCGUACGCCCUCAUCGAGAAGCCCAGUCUUCCAGCCAAGUUGGGUAGGUCGAGAGUCGCUUCAGGACAGACGCUGGACGAAGCGAGGGCAGAACCUGUCGCCAGACCCCCGCGACGCACCAUCCCAGUCCCCAGGCGGGUAUUUGUUGCUGUGCGCUCUGGCCGGGUACAGCUCUUCUUGACUCCGCCGGUAAGACAUAGUCCAGAGGCCACCUCGUCUGAUUGGAUCUGA